AUGGCCGCGUCCACCCUGUCUGUCUGCUCCAGCAACCUGAGCUACGGCAGCCGCGUCUGCCUGCCCGGCUCCUGGGACUCCUGCCCCGACUCCUCCUGGCAGGUGGACGACUGCCCAGAGAGCUGCUCCGAGCCCCGCUGCGCCCCCAGCUGUUGCCAGUCCAGCGGCUGCACCCCCAGCGGUUGCACCCCAGCCUCCUGCCUGACCCUUAUCGGCACCCCCGUGAGCUGUGGGUCCAGCCCCUGCCAAUCAGCCUGCACCAGCUCCUGCCAGCCCUCCUGCUGCAGCUCCUCCCCCUGCCAGGAAGCCUGCGGCGCAUUCGUCGGCUGCACCCCUGUCUGCUGUGAGACCUCCCCCUGCUCGGCCUCCUCAUGCUGCCAACAGUCCAGCUGCCAGCCCUCCUGCUGCAGCUCCUUCCCCUGCCAGGAAACCUGUGGCGCAUCUGUCUGCUGCACCUCUGUCUGCUGCAAGCCCCUCUGCUUCAUCCCUGUCUGCUGCACCCCUGUCUGCUGCAAGACCUCCCCCUGCUCAGCCCCCUCCUGCAGGCGGCCCAGCCCCUGCUCCUCGUCCUGCUGCAGGCCUUCCUCCUGCGUGUCCCUGCUCUGCUGGCCCGUGGGCUCCCGCCAGGCCUGCUGCAUGGCCCACAAGUCCUUCAACGGAGGUGGACUGCGGCACCCCGGGAACCCUCUUCUUCAGCUGGACUGCUCCAGGCCGGGUGUCUACACGGUCAGCCAGACUGCUCACAGACAGGAGCAGUCUAUGCAGUCAGCUGGACUGCUCCAGCUGGGCGUCUACACGGUCAGCCGGCCACCAUUGCCCAGCAGUGGAGAUGGUGAACUCAUGGGCAGGCACACAGCAGGCUUGCAGGUCAUGGGCAGGCACACAGCAGGCUUGCAGGUCACGGGCACGCAGCAGGACGUCUGGCAGGGGCUGGGGGUGCAGCAGGUCACCUGGAAGGAGCUGGGCAUGCAGCAGGACGUCUGGCACGGGCUGGGCAUGCAGCAGGACGUCUGGCAGGGGCUGGGCACGCAGCAGGAUGUCUGGCAGGAGCUGGGCACGCCGCAGGACGUCUGGCAGGGGCUGGGGGUGCAGCUGGCCUGCUGGCAGCCCGUGGAGCAGCUGGUGAAGUACAUGGCGGACGCCUACAGCUCGGGUAUAAAGGCCGCCCGGGGAAGGAGCCUCCAGACAUCACCGCCCUCCUCCCUGACUCCACUCCAGCCCCGCGCCACCAUGUGCUCCACCAGCUGCUCCACGGGCUGCCAGGCGUCCUGCUGCACCCCCAGCCCCUGCCAGGCAUCCUGCUAUGUGCCCAUGAGCUGCCAGCCCACCGUGUCCGUGCCCGUGAGCUGCAAGCCUGCCGUGUACGUGGUCCCCUCCUGCCAGUCCUCGGUUUGCCUGCCCGUGAGCUACAAGCCCCUCGUGCUCAUGGCCCCCUCCUGCCAGUCCUCUGGGGGCUGCCAGCCCUCCUGCCCCACCCUGCUCUGCAGACCCAUCUCCUGUAGCACCCCGUCCUGCUUCUGGCCAUGA